AUGGAGUCACACCCGGUGGCUGAGCCGUCUAAUAAACGGCCUCGGUCUCCCACGGGUGAGCACCAGCUACAUCAGUCCAAGGUGCUCAAGACGCACUCGAACCACCUGCAGAUCAACUACCUCGCACGCCAGUACCCGGAUAACCUGCCCCUGGUCUCCGCCGAAGAUACCAUGCCCGCUAUCAUUCACCUGAUCGGCGAAUAUGACGGCGUACUCCACCGUCACGAGAGCAUUGCCGGAAAUCUGGGCGCAUGCCCGCUGGGCCCGAUCUUGAUCAAGCGCUUUGAGCGCCUGUUCGAUGGGCCCCCGCGCGUGCUCAAGUCACACGGCAAAGACGGCCCUACGGUGACCUGGUUGGAUGUGGUCGAGUUCGCCAAGAGCAAACCCGAGCAGUUCAAUUUGGAGAAGCAGCGUAACGGCAUCCGAGUCUGCCAGUUCUAUACCAAGCAAUGUCGAGUAGAGAUUAGCGAGGAGGAUUUCGUUCUUAUUGCCUCCGGCAUGCCGCAGAAAAUGAUUCCGCCCCAGCCUAUUAUCGAGGAUGAAGAGAAGGAGCUGGGCGCUUUAGAAAUCCUUGAGAAGAAUCUUCAACACAUCAUUCAAAUGGCUGACCAAGUGUCUGCCAGAGCCCGUCAGCUCAGCUAUCGCCUGAAGAACCGCCGUACCGCAAUUGUGAGCCGGAGAGAAAACGACGCUUCUUUGCAAUCGCGCAGUGCGGCGGAUGUCUGGCGCGAUACCAGUGGUCACGCUGCGAUCAAUGGUCGUUCAUCCAAUGCAUCACCCUCCGGCUUUGUGGCCGUCAACUCAAACCGGCAGGAGGCCGAGACCGAAGAGAAUCCGCGAUCGCCUCAAUUUAUGUUCUCCCAUUCCAACACUGAGAACGUGACCAUCAUCAACGGAACCUCAAUCAAAGGCGCAUCGCCUACCACUCGCACUGAACUUAUGAAGAAAUUCUUCACUACAGCUGAUCGCCACGCGCGCGGCUACGAAGAUGCUGCGGGCCCAGUCAACCCUCAGACUCAGCCUCAGCCUCUACCCCGGCCACGAGGCUCGGAUCCGGCAGAUUACAGCAUUAUACCUGCUUCUACGACCCCAGUGGCCAUUCCCGGUACACCGUCUUCGUUACUCCCACCUCCAAAGACGACGCCCAGCGAGAAGGAUGACGGGGGGCCUUUCAAGCUAGAGAUGGUCGCCCGCAUGGAAGAGUUGGGCCGCGGAGAACGAGUCAUCCCGCCCUGUGACCGGUGUCGCCGUCUCCACAUGGACUGUCUCAAAAAUUUGACAGCCUGUAUGGGCUGCACUAAGAAGCACGCCAAAUGCUCUUGGCGCGACGUCAAGGAAGACGAGAUACGCGCGGCUUAUGGUGCAUCCGCGCUCAUCCCACGCGAGCCACGCGAGCAGCGGGAUGAAGAACGCAACACCCUCCCUCCUAUUCAAAGUCUUGCCUCUCCGGGCUCAAGCGGACCAACACACGGAGAGCGUGCCCCGGAGGGAAUUGCAUCCAUGGACCCACAUCACUACUACCAUAAUCGCCGCGAAUCAGCACCUGGGGCUCCACACAUCGGCCCAGGCUCCGGAGCUUCUCAUAACCUUCCCCCAUCGUCUAAUAACUCCCCGCGGAGAGCGAUGAGUGAUGAAGGGAGUGGCCGAAUUAAUUACGAACAGUCGCACCACGAGCAUCCACACCAUGGACACCCACAGCAUCGGUCCACUCAAGACGACGACCCUGACGCGAAUCAGCGAUUGAUGCAGGCUAUCCUGGACACGGUCGAUCACCACGCCCGUGUGGCGGCGGCCGUACAGGAGAAAGAGCGCGGCGCUGAGCGGUCCGGGGAUGCUGGGAAUGAUCGAGACGCGGACCGUGAGCGAGAACGCGAGCGAGAAAGAGAACGUGAACGUGAACGGGAUCGGGAUCGGGAUCGGGAUCGACGUUUGGUCCAGGCUUAA